AUGUCAAGACCGCCGUUGAAUGAGUUGUUGCAUACAUCGUUGAAGAAUUUGCAUUUCUUGAAUACGUUUCUGCUGUUCAAGGAAGAUGAUUAUGAAGCGCUUCUAAGAAGCACGAUUGAUUGUUUGUUAGAUCUUUUGGAUUUGAAAGGUAAAUCUUUUGAAGAGCUUAAGUUCUCAGUAAAUGAAAAUCAGAAAGAAAUACGACGUGCCUCAUUUUUAUGCUAUUUGAAUGAGCAGGAAUCAGACGAUGACAUGCUCGAUAAGCUGAAUCUUUUCGAUUACCUCCGCGCGUAUGAUAGAGAUGGGCAGGAACACAGCCGAUCCACUAUCAUAAAACAAUUGGUCAAAGCCUUAACUAAUGAAAGAAAACCAACAAGGAUCAAAGACACCUACACUGCUAUUUUAUUUAAAUUAUCUGACUUAAUUGAGUUUUUCAUAAGAUUGUACACCGAAUCAGAGACUCAGCUCAACCGCUAUAUUCGCCAUUGCUAUCGCUAUGAAUGGAGCUAUUUCACUAAAAUAAAGCAUAAGUUAGAGUCGAAUGUGGACUUGAGUGAACAAGAUACUGAAAGGAUAAGAAAUUUUUUGGAUAUCAUAGUGGACGAUGUGAGAUCGUCUACACCGAUAAAAGAUGAGGAUAAUUCGAUUUUUAGCUUUGGCAACCAAAAUCACAAUAUUUCCUCCUCUGAUAAACCUCGCUUGAACCUUAUUAGUAAUGACGCUGCCUUCAAUAAGUUAUAUCAAUUAUUUUUACAAGUUUUGAAUUCAAAGAACCUAGAAGGACAAGAAUUGAUAAAAUACGUCAGAGUAAUGAUUAGCCUUUAUAAGAAACACCGAAGUAUAACUUCCAUUGAACUUAACAGCUAUACGCUAAAGGAAUUGAAGCUCAACUACUUUUAUAAUUUCUUUAUUGGGGAUGUAAAUAAAGAUGGAUUUACCAUAUUACCCCCAGAAUAUAAAGCUAUUAGUGAAAAGGUCUUGUAUGAGGUUUUUCCGUUUCCUGAUUUAAGCAAAGAACAUGAAUCAAAUAUCACAAAAGACGCAUUUUCUCCCAUUAUUAAACAAGAAAACGAUCAUGGUGUCAAUCAAACAAUUAAAACUCAUCAGGAUGGUCCCCAUCGUUUUGAGUCAGCUACGUCGUCAAAUCUAUCACACUACUUGAAUUCUAAUCAUAUUAGUAUUACUUAUUAUUCAAAAGAAGACCAACAUAAAUUACUGCUCAAUUUGCGUCAUAUAGUUCCCUUGCUUAAUGAAUUUGAUCUUAAUUUCAACUUAAGUUUUCCUUCAAUUAUGAAGCAUUAUAUGAGUCUUGUUUAUGACGAACUUCCAGAUCUUUGUGAAGAUAUUGAUUUACGGUAUGUUGAUGCUCUUGUAUCUUUAGUUAACUGUAUUGUUGACUUUGAGAAUGAGGAGCACAUAGCUGAGGGCUCUGAUAUUAAGCAGACUGUCCUUGAACUAUAUCAGCUUCAUCAAUAUUUAGAUGAGGACUUCAGAGACUCGUCUGAUUUAACUCCGUUAAUGAAGUUAGCAUUAUUGGAAUUUUCUCAUAGAAAUUUAAUAAAGAGCAAUGUGCUUAAGAAAUGGAACAUAAGAACACUUCAGAUCAGCGAGUUAGAGCUUUCUGUACUUCAGUAUUGGGUCCCAUAUUCACAUCAGUCUGUUGAAAGAAAAUAUUUGAAAAAAUGGUUUAACAAGAAAAGCAGAUUUCACAACCUAGCGUCGGAAAGCUCAAACUAUUAUCAAAUGGGUCUUUUGCAUAAGACAUUUAAUAAAAUGUGGUUAUUACGUUCUUUCAGAUUAAAAAAGUAUGAUACUUCUGCUGAUAUGAAAUUUCUCAUUAGGUUCAUGAAAAUCUGGCAACGUAAGCUUAAACAUAUGAAUACUACUAAAGAUAUGUCGUUGGAUUUUGAUAAAAAGGUAUUGCUUGCAAAUACUUUUAAGAAAUAUCUAGAAAAUUAUAAUUACCAGCUUAGUUUGACAAAAACAGCUGUUGAUAAGCAUAAUAAAUUAGAGGAAAAAGCGGUAGUUAACCUUGUGAGUCUUGUAUUUGAGCGCUGGUUUAAGAAAGUAAACUCAAAUUUUGCAUUAAAUUCGGGUCCCUCGCCAGUUACUACUUGGAAUGAAAAGGUACUCGUACUAUCAGAUUUGGAAAAGCAGUUUCUUUUGAAAAAAAAUUUUUAUGCAUGGAAGCAAAAGCAUUUAAUAAGGAGAAAAGUUCAGACUGUGGAGUCCAAAAACUCGAAAAUUUUGUUGGAAUUUGUAUUUAAAGACCAAUGGCUCAAGAAAUCAAGGCUACAACUGGCUGCAGCUAAACUCACUAAUAAAAGAGAUCGAAACUUGAAACUUGCAACCUUCAGAGAUUGGAAUGAAUUCAAAAGUUCGAAACUUUUGGCGAGUAAGUUUUUCAGAAGUAACGUACUUUCCAGAGCGUUCCAUAUUUGGAAGAUUCAAUCUUCAUAUCAGAAAUCCAUUAACUCUUCCCGAAAAUUAUCGGAUCGUCAUAUAGUUGAGUGCUUCUUUAAACGCUGGUUGAUAUCACAUAAACUGAAAAUUCUUAUUAACAAAAGACGUUUCUCAGCUUUGUCACAGUUUCGAAAGCUUUGGUUCAAAAGAUUCGACGAAGCGAAUGACAUGGUUGCAUUCUCUGUGACUUUCAAUGAGCUCACAUUGGUCAAGCAAGCUUUCAUUAAGUGGAAUUUAGCGAUUUCGAAAAGGCAAGAAGAUUAUGUUGCGGCAGAUCUUUCGUUUAAAAGAGCAUUUUUAAAAAGAUGGUCCUCUAAAAUGCACUUAUAUAGUUUCGAAAUGGUAAAAACAUCCGAUGAAGUUUUAAGUCUGCUGGAUUUUUACAACUUUUUUUUGAAGAAACAGUUCUUACUCAUUUGGCAAAAAAAGUAUGAGGAAAACUUUCAAUACGGUGCAAAGUUCAAGGUUCAAUACUUAAAUGAGAAUAUUAUUCUACCAAAUCUUAUGAGUCGAUUUUUUAUUCAAUGGGUAGCUGCUUUUAAUGAUACCCAAUCUAAGAAGCUUCAGCUCGAAUCUCGAUAUGAUCAUUUUGCAUUGCAUUCUGUUUCCAGAGCACGUAUUUUUAAAAAUUGGCUCCAAUCCACCAGAGAUAAAUCACAGUCUGCCAUAGAUGCAGUCAAGUUUGAAAGAACAUUACUCUUCAAGAAGUUUUUGUUGAUAUGGUAUGACCAAUUUAUUAAUAAGAACGUUUAUUUGGAAGAGCUAGUAAACGAGCACAUUGAUCAGAAGCAGUUCCAAAAAGUUAAUGACAUCUUGAGGUAUUGGUCCAUGAAAUAUAUAAAGACCAUCAAGAGAAAUGAACAAACUUGUGAUUUGUUUAUUGAGCGCUGGCAAAAUAACAAAUUAAGAUCAGUGCUUCAAUUAUGGGCCCAGAAGCUAGAAGAACGCAUUCACUCGCCAAAGGGAGAUGACUUGUAUGUAGAGGCAGAUACAAGUGUUUUCAGUAAUCAAUCUCCCUUGGCGAAGAAGUCAUCGAGAACCAUUAAUACGUCCCCUGAAGGCAAUCGAAGUUACAUUUUCACUCCUUUGAAACUGCAGGUCACAAGCAGGAGUUCACGUUCGCCAUCAUGGAGUCCUUCUAAAUUGCAGGAUACAACACAGCGAAUUAAGAAUGAAAGGAUAGAUGCAUUACGAAAGCACUUUGGCCGGGCAAGGAACCCUCACAAAUUUUCUCCCAAUGAUUCGUCGACCCCUGGGCGUCCUGAUCAUUCUAGAAAACAAAUUAGAUCCAUAUCAUCCAGUUCAAAAGUAUUCAAUGAAAACGAUACUAGAUUCAUUAGGCUUUCUCCUCCAAAAACCAAGCACUAUAAUAUAGCACCUCCUCCACAACCUCCCAAUUUUAAUGUUGGUAGUGAAUCGUCUCGCUUUGAAUCCACCGCGGAAUUUUCUACAUUAAUUGAUACAUAUUCUGGACCCGGUAGUGCCAAAGAAGAUGAUAUGUCGUUGAUUGAGACUGCUAAAAAGCUAAGAAGAAUUACUCCAAUAAUGUUUCCUACCGAAGAUAACUUCGCAGAACCCAAACUUUCUCCUGUUGCAAAGAUAAAGGAAAGAAUGAGGAAAAGUAACAUUUCUACCUCUUCUGGUACCAGCAAAGACCUUAUGUGA